AGUUAAUAUCGAAAUUCAUUAAAGUCAGCACAGUUUUCUUGCAAUUCUCUGUCAUUUAUCAAAUUAUUGUUGAAGAAAAUAUAUAGUGAAAUUUAAUAAGAUGAUUCGAUCGAAAAUAAUAUGGCUAUUUCUGCCAUUUAUGUUAAGUAUCAGCAAUGGCGAACUGGUGAUUGGACAAGAUGAUAUAAGCGAGGAAAUAGCUGGUUUUUUCACAAUUGAAGGAAAAGUCUUUGCACCGGAGCCACAAAGUAAAGGGCAAUCGGAGACUUCAAUAUCUAUAAAUGGUGGGGAAUAUAAGGGAUUUUUAAGAGAUGAUGGUACAUUUAUCAUAAGCAAUGUACCCUCCGGCAGUUAUGUGUUAGAAGUACACAAUCCGGACUAUUAUUAUGAGCCAGUACGUGUAGAGAUCAAUCCUAAGGGUAAAUUUCGUGCACGCAAAGUAAACUAUGUACAGCCGUCACAAAUCAUACAAGUGCCAUAUCCUUUAAAACUGAAGGCUUUUACUCGUUUCAAGUACUUCCAGACACGUGAGCAAUGGAAGAUUACAGACUUUUUGUUCAAUCCAAUGGUCUUGAUGAUGGUACUACCACUUUUAAUUAUGCUUGUUUUACCAAAAAUGAUCAAUGAUCCAGAGACGAAAAAGGAAAUAGAAAAUAUUCAAUUUCCAAAAGUGAGUAACGAGAUGCCAGAGAUCAGCGAAAUGAUUACAUCAUUCUUCUCCGGCGCCAAACCACCCGAGAAGGAAAAGAAACCAAUUUCAUCCAAACAAAAUAAGAAGCGGAACUAAUACGCUACUACUAAAUACGCUUCAUUAUAUUAAAACUAAAUUCCUAUUAUAAUACGAUUACGUAUUGUUUAUGGUAUUACUAAGAUCAUCAAAUAAAUUAUCAUAAUUCUUGGGUUUUUA